GAGCCGGGUUUCGGACUCUUCGGGCAGCUGCUGGCGCGUGCUAAGGGUUUUGAGGAAGUCGCCUCGGCGCUCAGCGGCGCCGACGGACCCUUCACAGUUUUCGUGCCUCGUGACAUGGAGCUCAUGGACGUCCUUGGCGGGGGCUCCCUGCAGGACAUGCUGCAGACGCCACACUUGCCAGCUUUGCUGGCCUGUCACAUCGUCCGAGGCAAAGUGCCCUUUGAGGCAUUGUACACUGGCCGAACCCUGCGAUCUAUUGACGGCACGAUUCUGAUGGUUACCUUCACCCAGUGGCCCCGCGGCGGCCCCUGCAUCAACGAAAUCCGGGGAGAUCAUAUGGACAUCUUUUGUUCCAACGGCGUCAUCCACGUCAUCCAAGGUGUCUUGCGGCCUGCACCGCGGCCCGGCCAGCGCCGCUGA